AUGCCCUUCACAGCCCUGCCGGGAUAUUUUCGAGCCUUCGAAUCUGCCGACUCCGAGGGGGUGGACUCGAGAGCCGUCGACCACUUGGAAUUAGUCGCACACGACUCGUGGAGAGAUCUUCACAGCCAGAUACCGGCUGAUACAGACACACACCACUACAAGCUAGUUGUGCUGGCGAGACACGGCCAAGGGUAUCACAACGCCGCUCUUUUGCGAUAUGGCUUGGAAGCGUGGGAGGACCACUGGUCUUUUCUAGUCGGUGACGAGUACGGCGAUUGGCUCGAUUCGAAGUUGACAGCUCUCGGAAAGGAGCAAGUCGAAAAGACGGGACUCCAGGUGUUGGCUCCCAUGGUUGGUCACAUCGAGGCGUUGCCCGAUGUUUUCUUCACCUCGCCUAUGAGACGAUGUCUCGAGACCUUCAUUGGGUCGUGGGGAGACAUCUUUCGCAGGAACAACGAAUAUCUCAAGGACAGUACAAUCCCCGUGCAGGUGGUAGAAAACCUCAGGGAAAGGCUGGGCGAACAUACUUGCGACAAAAGAGUUCCCCACUCAGAGGUUGUCGGCGAGUACCAGCACUACGCGACUGAUGGCGGAAAUGUAAUAAACUGGCAUUACGAGCCCGGCUACCCCGAGGAAGAUGAACUCUGGUUCGAGGACUACAGAGAAACGGAUGCCGAACUAGACGAACGGUUGCACACGGGUCUUUCGCAGAUCUUCGGCCAAUUGAACUCCGAUCAAAGGUUUAUUUCCAUUACUUGCCACUCCGGCGUGAUACAAAGUAUCCUUCGUAACCUGAGCCAUCCGCCAGUGAGAAACCUGGACACAGGGAAAGUCGUCUGCGUAGUGGUCAAGAUAAACGUGAACAGACUCAAAGGUGCAUCGCACUUGUGA